AUGUCAUUAUUAUGUUCUAACAAUAAUAAUAGUAAUAGUAUUUUUGAAAAUUCCAACGUCAACAACCCAAUAUCACAACUUUCAAACAAGCUUUUUCAAGAUGCCACCACAUCUAAAAGAAGCCUAAUACUGACAGCAUCAUCAACCGAACAGGAGGAAUCAAGGAAAUUUCCGUCAUUAGUAAAUUCUUCUUUUCGUACAACGGCUAUGAAUAAUUAUGAAGAGUAUGAAGAUGAAGAAUGGAGCGAAGAAUGGAGUGAUGAAAAAUUGACAGAGUUAUAUAUUAAACAACAUGGAUUAGAUCAAUCUCUUAAUGAUUAUGAUAAUAAUGAUAAUUUAUCAAAAAAUAACGAUUUAAUGACUUUUCAUACAAAUCAUCAUGAUUUAUUUCAAGCACAACUUUAUUUGUUUGAUCAUAUUUUUUCAACGAUUCUAACACAUCAAAUAACCUCUUCAUCAUGUAGACCUUCACCAUCAUCUGAAUGGAAUUGGACAAGAUUAUUUUCUAAUUCUAGGUGGAAUAGAAAGAAAAUAAAUAAUAAUAAUGAUAAAUUAAAAACAGAAUAUUUAAAAAAUGUUGCAAGAGAAAGAUUACAACUUUUAAUUGGUGAAAGAUUUUAA